UGGAAAUUGGAUCAGAAACGCUUCGAGACCAUUUACAUUUUAGGGCUCCCUUCGUCCUCUUCUCAGCUGCUGCAGAAGUCAUCUCCCUUUCCCAUCGUGACUGCAGGAUCCUCUUCUCAGCAGGGCACCGUGUUCUUCGCACUCAGUUUCAGGUAUCUUUGGCACUUUUGGCUAUUUCGUAUCUGUUGAAUCGCGUAGCUGAGGAAGAGAUGACGGAGGCUCCAUUUGGAUCUAGAGAGAAGCUUCUCAAGAAGCAACAGUAUUUCCAGAGCGUCCACAAGUACACACACUUGAAAGGACCAUUUGACAAAAUAACCUCUGUGGCCAUUCCGCUUGCCUUUGCAGUCACUUGUGGAACCAUGAUAGUUCGUGGGGUGUAUAACAUGGCUAAUGGGAUUGGAAAGAAAGAGUGAGGGCAUCAGGCUGUAAUUAAUGAAGGAGAAGUGGUCCUAUCUGCUACUUGGAUGUUAAAUUCUUAGCGAAUUUUUUUUUACUUGCAUUUAAAUAAAUGUGACAAAUUUUCUGUUUUAGAAUUUCUGGAAUACUUUGGCUUCACAACUUAAAGUUGUGACAACAUGUUCUUUUGUUAUCUAGACGGGUGCUUUACAUAAGGCUUUGAAUGCUUGCCUGAUGCUGUUACCGUUUGCA